UCUACAAAAACUGCCAAUUGAUUGGAUACUUGUUGAAGCAGCCAUUUUUACCCCCUCCCCUUUCUUAUUGAUUUUGUAUAUAAAGAGAUUCAAAUUCCCAAGGUAUCGACCUUAUUUGUGUUUCCGAAAGAUGGCAGUCAUCAGUAUGAAAUUUGUGGUCACUACUUGCACCUUAAUGCUCGUCUGCAUGAAUCCCGCACAGUCGAAACCUUUCAGCACCAACAUCAACACAAACUACAACAACAACUACAAUACAAAUAUGAGUGCCAACUUCUUAAUAAGUUCGCUGUUGAAUUACAUUUUUAACCUGUUGGAAGUUCUUCAAAAAAAUGAGCAAUGCUCUGGCCAGUACACCAUUCCUGCCUUCCCACGGCCAGACGAAAUGCAUCCAAUGCUGCGACAACAUCCUCCUGCAGCUCUUCCCGAGUCAGAACCUCCCGCCUCGGCGGAUCCCGCAUUUGUCAAGGGUGAUUUCACUAUUCUCUACGAUUAUAUUUUCAACGACCUAAUCAAAAAUCGAAAAGACGGUAUAAACAAGGAUGACGGUUCGCCACAAGAUUUUAAAGAGGAUAUCGAGGCUGCCGUGGAAGCCUUCAGAGGACCAGCGACACCGCCGCUCCUUUCUCCAAUCCCUUUAGAUUCUUUUGGUUUAAGAACCAGCGGAGCUUCAAGCGGCUAAAAUGGAUUUUUUAAGAUCUUUUACAGAGGCUCAGACCCGUUCAGGAUAGACAUAAGAAUGUUCAAUCAAUUCCGGCUAUUGGUACAAUGGUUAAUGAUAAUCGUAAUUAUUAUUUUGAUACAAGUGCAUUUCCAAAUGU